AUGCUAACCCAUCAUUUCAUUAUCCAUUUUCUUAUAGCAGUGAUACAGUUUCUUACGGGGGUCUCUGUAAACAGCUUCAUCCUGGUGGUGAAUGUGGUGGACUUCAUCAAGCAGAGAAAAAUGGCUCCUCUGGAUCUGCUCGUUUCCUGCCUGGUGACUUCGAGGAUUUGUCUACACUUUCUCAUCUUCUUUGUGCACCUGCUUCGUCUCUCCAUCAUGAAACAGUCCACGUUUGCUGAGAGUUAUAUAAUUUUCAUGUUCGUAACUAUUUGGGGGCUUUGGUUGGCCACAUGGCUUGGUGUUUUCUACUGUGUUAAGAUCACCACUAUUCCACAUCCCUUGUUCUUCUGGCUGAAAAUGAGGAUUUCCAAGUUGGUGCCAUGGCUGAUCCUGGGGUCCACAUUGUACGCAUCUAUCAGUUCUGGCACCUAUGAAAAACAUGCACGGACUAUUACCCCAAAAUCUAUGGUCAACUUUUUCUCCAAAAAUGCAACUCAGACGAAAGGUAUAAACAUUGUACCAUUUUCUAUUUUGAUUCUUCAUCUGACAUUACCAUUAAUCAUUUUUCUCAUCACUGUUCUGCUCUUGAUUUUUUCCCUGGGAAGACAUGCACAUCACAUAAAAACUAUUGCUACAGGAAACAGGAAUCCCCGUAAGGGUGCCACCAUCAAGGCAAUGCUGUCCGUCCUGUCCUUCCUAAUCCUGUACUCCUCACACUAUAUAAUGGCCAUUUUGUUCUUUUUCCAAAUACUGCGGUAUGGAAACUUCGUCUUUUUGUUCUGCGUAGUGGUGGCUGACACCUACCCAUCUGUACACUCUGUUAUCUUAAUUUUAGGAAACCCUAAACUGAAACAAAAUGCAAAGAAGUUCCUGCCAUGUGGUCAGUGCUGUCAGUGA